GUAAAUAUGCCUGAGAAUCCGCAUCUUUUUUUUCACUUGUAGAACUUGAAAUUGCAUCAUCUUUGUUUUCAGUUUUCAUAGGAAAAGAGUAAGCUUUUAAAAUAACUUCUUGUUUACAGCACCUGGAAAAGUAGCAGAUAAAGUCAUAAUAGAAAACACUAGGGAUUCCACCUUCGUUUUUAUGGAGGGUUCUGAAGAUGCGUACGUUGGGUAUAUGACAAUCAGGUUCAAUCCUGAUGACAAAUCUGCUCAACACCACAAUGCACACCACUGCUUAGAGAUUACCGUGAACUGCAGCCCAAUAAUAGAUCAUUGUAUCAUUCGAAGUACCUGUACAGUGGGCUCUGCAGUAUGUGUUAGUGGCCAGGGAGCUUGUCCCACUAUCAAACACUGUAACAUCAGCGACUGUGAAAAUGUUGGACUUUAUAUUACAGAUCAUGCACAGGGAAUAUAUGAGGACAACGAGAUCUCCAAUAAUGCAUUGGCAGGAAUUUGGGUUAAAAACCAUGGAAACCCCAUUAUCAGACGGAAUCACAUUCAUCAUGGACGUGAUGUUGGUGUUUUCACAUUUGACCAUGGCAUGGGUUAUUUUGAAAGCUGCAACAUACAUAGAAACAGGAUAGCUGGCUUUGAGGUCAAAGCUUAUGCCAACCCUACAGUAGUUCGGUGUGAAAUCCAUCACGGUCAGACUGGAGGAAUCUAUGUUCAUGAAAAAGGAAGAGGACAAUUCAUAGAGAAUAAAAUCUAUGCAAACAAUUUUGCAGGUGUUUGGAUUACCUCAAACAGUGACCCAACAAUAAGGGGCAAUGCAAUUUUUAAUGGGAAUCAAGGUGGAGUUUACAUCUUUGGUGAUGGGAGAGGCCUUAUUGAAGGAAAUGACAUUUAUGGUAAUGCAUUAGCAGGAAUUCAGAUUCGAACAAAUAGUUGUCCCAUUGUUCGACACAACAAGAUUCAUGAUGGCCAACAUGGUGGAAUUUAUGUGCAUGAAAAAGGACAAGGUGUUAUUGAAGAAAAUGAAGUUUACAGUAAUACUUUGGCUGGAGUCUGGGUGACAACAGGAAGUACUCCAGUAUUGAGGAGAAAUAGAAUACAUAGUGGGAAACAGGUUGGUGUUUAUUUUUAUGACAAUGGACAUGGAGUGUUAGAGGACAAUGACAUCUAUAAUCACAUGUACUCAGGGGUUCAAAUAAGAACUGGAAGCAACCCCAAAAUUAGGCGCAACAAAAUCUGGGGAGGUCAGAAUGGUGGUAUUCUUGUUUAUAAUUCUGGGCUUGGAUUUAUAGAAGACAAUGAAAUUUUUGAUAAUGCAAUGGCUGGAGUAUGGAUUAAGACAGACAGUAAUCCUACACUAAGAAGAAAUAAAAUCCAUGAUGGAAGAGAUGGGGGCAUCUGUAUAUUUAAUGGGGGCAGAGGUCUCCUUGAAGAGAAUGAUAUUUUUAGGAAUGCUCAAGCUGGUGUUCUCAUCAGCACCAACAGUCACCCUGUGUUAAGGAAAAAUCGAAUAUUUGAUGGCUUUGCUGCAGGUAUUGAAAUAACAAAUCAUGCAACUGCAACAUUAGAAGGCAAUCAGAUUUUCAACAACCGUUUUGGAGGCUUAUUUCUGGCAUCUGGUGUCAAUGUAACAAUGAAAGAUAACAAAAUAAUGAACAAUCAAGAUGCCAUAGAAAAGGCUGUCAGUAGAGGCCAGUGUCUAUAUAAGAUAUCAAGUUACACCAGCUACCCCAUGCAUGACUUCUACAGAUGUCACACUUGUAACACCACAGAUCGUAAUGCCAUAUGUGUGAACUGCAUUAAGAAGUGCCAUCAAGGACAUGAUGUAGAAUUUAUUAGACACGAUAGGUUUUUCUGUGACUGUGGUGCUGGAACACUGUCUAAUCCCUGUACGCUAGCUGGAGAGCCUACCCAUGAUACAGAUACACUAUAUGACUCUGCUCCACCUAUAGAAUCUAAUACAUUGCAGCACAACUAAAUUCCUUUCAGAAAAAAAAGUCCUGCCAUUCUAAUAUCAUAACUGUUAAACUUUUUUUUGGUAGGAAAUUAUACUUGCCCAUUUCUGCAGAAAGAGACUGUAUUAAAAAUGGAUGUGUAAGGUGUUGACACUAUGGAGCUCAACCUACCAAAAAGAAAGUGGCAAUAUGUUGACUCAGGAUAACAGAACUGGGCGUUUUAGCAUUACUGUGUAAACAAAGACUCUUGAAGGGACAGAAGUGAAGAAAAUAAGCUGCAAUUUUGUACAGAUACCAACUUCUGAAAAGCUGGUGUUUUUACAAGUAGCAUUGAAAUGCAGUCAAAUUUGCAGUAGUACUAUUCUGUAGACAAGCAGCAUUCUUUGUUGCUGCUGUUAUGGACAUGGGUACCAAUUGCUUUUGUAACAUGGUAAAAUGUGAGCUAGCACUUCUGCAUUUCUUUUGAUUUUUUUUUUAACAUUUACUCAGAUUGAAAAAUAUGAUUUUAAAUGCUUUACUCAUGUAGUUUGUUUUUAAUUUCAAGCAAAAAAAUCUUAUUGUACUUGAAUGUGUCCUGUUUUGUUAGCACACCUAGACUUGCUGUAACUGUACUCAUGUCCCAGUAUGUACGUUCUUUCUAUGAAAGAGAAAACACUAAUCUUAAAUUAUAUCCAGCAAUUUUUCUGGUAUCCUUUGAAAAAGUUAAAAUAAUCUCCUUCCCUGCCCCAGCAACAGUCUGUCCUCAAAUCACCCUAACAAAAAGCAAGUGUUUUAAUGAGACUUCCUAUCAUAAAUAAUGCACUAUAAAACAAAGUACUCAUGUAACUAAGUUUUGUGAAUGAAAGUUUUACUAUGUUUUAAAGUACACAUUAGAAAGUCUCCUCAGAACAAGCUUGUAUUUUAUUCUGUUCAUAGUUUUUUUUUGAACAGUCUGGACAUUACCUAUAUCAACAGUGGGAAAUCACAGCAAUUUCCUGCUAUAAUGAAGCUGAGACAAGUAUAUAUACAGCUCAAUACAGUUUCAUAGCUUUUUUCCAUUUAUGUGUAUUGGUGACAGUGGGUAAUCAACAGCCUGAAAGUGUAUGCAUGUACCAUAACAUCUAGACUUAAUAUAUUGUGGAGUAUUCAAUAACCAUUAUGUAGAGGGUAGGUAAGAAUUAAAAGGGUUUAAUUUCCUAGGAAAGAAAAUGGAAAAAUGGUCAUUUUUAAAAAAUAAAGUUUAUUAGAUCA